UGCGCGUGCGUGCGUGCAACGGUCUCAUCCUCACUCACUCGCUCACUCUCAGCCAGAGAGGAGACAAUGCGAGUGUAGAGGAGCUCAGAUCCACCGUGCACUGCGGAGAGAAGCACUGUUUCCAGCUCUGCGCUUCUGAACAGGCAUUAUGGGGACUCUCAGAGAUCUACAGUUUGCGCUCCAGCUGAAGAUUGAAGAGCUGCGGCAGAGAGAUGCUCUGAUUGAUGAACUGGAGCUGGAGCUGGACGCCAAAGAUGACCUGAUCCGCCGCCUGCAGGGAGAGUUGGACCGUCUGCGGGUCACUCUCGGUGCUCCUGGGUCGUCCACAGGGCAGCACCGGGCUCCCUCAUUAAGGGCAAAGAGAAGAGCUGUGGUAACAGAGCCUACAGACCUGGACCCCAAACUGCUCUUACAAAACCCUCCAGUGAUCCACAGCAAGAGCCAAGACUCUCAGAGAGUGAUCGAGGCGGCGCUGAUGGAGAACGAGUGGCUGAGGUUUGUGGGCAGAGAGCAGCUGCUGGCGCUGGUGGACUGCGCUUACUCCACCACAGCUGGCCAGGGGACAAAAGUCUUUCAGGAGGGAGAGGAGGCGUCUCACACAUUCAUAGUGGAAGAGGGGAAGCUGGAGGCGUCCAGAGCCGGACAGAAAUUGCACAUCAUUGAGGCGGGGACACUCUGUGGAGAACUGGCUCUGCUUUAUAACCACACCUGCACUAAUACUGUCACAGCCCUGACGAGUAGUAAAUUCUGGGUGAUUGAGCGUCAGACGUUUCAGAGAAUCAUGCAGAGGAGCGGCAUUCUGAGAAUCACUCAGAAUCUGGAUGUUCUCCGCAGUGUGCCAUUACUCUGUGCCCUGCCUGAUGAUAUUCUCAUUAAAGUCUCGGAUGCUCUUGAGGAGUUUCAUUACAGAGAGGGGGACUACAUCAUUCGACACGGCUGCCCAGGAGACGCCCUCUUCAUCGUUAACCGUGGCCAGGUGAGGGUGUUGGAGAGGCGCUCCAUCAGUGAGGAGAGUGUCUGCGUGUCCAUCCUUUCUCAAGGAAACUGCUUCGGGGAAAGAGCUCUGAAAGGAGAGGUAGUGAGGUCUUUGAGUGUUGUUGCUGCAGGUGAUGUCACAUGCUUGGCCAUAAACAGAGAGUCUCUGAAGAGGUGUAUAGGAGAGCAGGACGAUGCCAGAGAGAAUGGAACCAAUGAGCCGAAAACCAACAGGGCAGAGGAGGAAGGGGCUGAACUGUGUGAUGUGUCAUCCAGUGACGUCCAGGUGCUGUGUAAUGUGGGAGAGGGACGAUAUGGCAUCACACAACUGGUGCACUUAAAGAACGACGGCAGCCGCGUUUUUGCGCUGAAGAUAAUAAGAAAGCAUGCAGUAGUGAGCCCAGGCCACCGAGAGCGAAUCUUCAGUGAAAAGCAAAUCAUGAUAGAUGCCCACUGUGCGUUCAUCGUCCGGCUGUAUCAGACCUUUAGAGACGGGAAGUGCCUCUACAUGCUGAUGGAGGCGUGUUUAGGUGGAGAUCUGUGGACCUUGCUAAAGGAGAGGGGUCCGUUUGAUGAGAAUGCAGUCCGUUUCUACACAGCAUGCGUGCUGGAGGCCCUGAGUUUCCUCCACAGCCAAGGUGUCCUACACCGAGACCUCAAACCAGAGAACGUUCUGUUGGACCACAAAGGAUACGCCAAACUGGCAGGGUUUUCCUCUGCUAAAAAGCUGGGCUCCCUGCAGAGAGUCUGGUCAUUCUGUGGGUCAGUGGGUUAUCAGGCCCCAGAGGUCAUCCUGCUCAGAGGUCACAGUGCCACAGUGGAUUAUUGGACUUUAGGAGUGUUUGUGUACGAGUUACUGAACAGCAGUCCCCCAUUCUCAGGCCUGGAUCAGUUAAAGGUCUAUGCAGCAGUUUUGAGGGGGAUUGAUGCUGUAGAGUUCCCAAACACAAUGAGCAAGCCUGUGGUCGAUCUCAUCAAGAGACUCUGCAGAGAGAACCCCACUGAGAGACUGGGCCAGAGGAAUGGGGUCAAGGACAUCCGUGGACACAAGUGGUUUGAAGGGUUUGAUUGGCUGGGCCUGCGUGACGGCUCACACGCUCCACCGAUAGUACCAAAUGUCCACAGUCUUCUGGAUCGGGGGGCAGACAGUUCAAGCAGCGAGAACCACACAGAUUUAUCGCCAGUUGACGACUCGGAUUGGGACAAAGACUUUUGACCUGUCCAUUGGACAGAUACGUAUCCUGUAGAUGGACAAAUGGACUAACCAUAUUGGACGUUACAUAUUUAAAACUAAGAAACUAUUUCAGUUCAUCGUUUAACACAAUUUGCUUUCAGUCAAGCAAGUUACUUUCCUCCUGGAAUUACUUCAUAUUCCAUCUGAAUCCAGUCAUCUUCUGUUUGUAGUAUCUGUGUUCUGUUUACACUAAAGCCCUUAAAUGUGAAUCUUAAGUUGAAUCAUGUUAUUUUCUUGCAUAAAAAGGUUCUAGGUGCGAAUUAGACUCAGAAGACUAGAAGAUAAAAGAUAAUUGGCAUAUCAGUAGGUCAAAAAGCAAAGUAGUGAAGAGACUUGAUUAGAAGGUGUUGGGGAAAAUGGGUGGGCAUUGCCCCCUUAAGAACAGUAUCCACUUAUUUUAAAGCAUAUCUGUGCUUGAGUUUAUUAUGUACAAGAUGGCGAGGCAUAAACCCAGUUAGGAGAAUAGUUUUCAAUUUAGUUUUUAUAGCACAAAAAACACCUUUUUAGAAGGACCAUCUUGCCUCGCUAGCAAGGUCAGAAGUGUGGAAUAAGCAAAUCUAGCAUCAGUUUGUCGUCCGGUUUUAACAGAAUCUACAAGUAUUGUGUCAAAUCACUUCUAGUCUUUGCACUUUUCAGAAAUUAUGUUGUUAAUCAAAGCAGAGCACUAAAACAUUAUAUUUUAUACAUCAUACUUUUAUUAAAGUAUGACAAAGAACUUAGCAGACACAUUUGAAAUGACAGUUUUGUACAUCAAUUAAACUAUUGUGAUUAUAUUAAUGAUAUAAACAUGUACAUUAAUGUUAUUUCAAUUAAAUGUUGUUGUUAUUAUUAUUAUUAUCAUUUUAAUAGUAGUAGUACUAUUACGCAUUACAAAGUAUCAGAGGUGAAUGUAGCUGUGUCUAAAUGCAAAACUCAGAUGUAAACUUAUCUCCAGCAAGCUGGCUAAAAAUGUGGCCUAAUUUUCACCAACAGUCAUGUACCACAUACCUAUUUAUGAUGUUAUUGUGUCUUCCCUGGUGUAACUAAAUAGUAUUUAAUGUCAAGUGGAUCUUUCGCCUUUGGUCUGGGAAAGUUUUUGCUUCAAAGAUCUAACUCAGGAGUUCGCAACCCAAAUGUUAAGAAGAGCCUUUGUCCUUUCAACAAAAAUUAAACCAUUUUGGGAGCCACAACAUUUUAUAUCCAUUUUACCAUCUUGGCUGUAAAUAAUAUGCUAUCAUCAUAAUAUAGGCUAAAUCCGCUAUUCAUGAAGCCGCUUUUCUCGCAUCUCCAGCAGGAAACACAAGUAGAACAGUUUCUUGUAAAAUGUCUCUCAGCGUUUGAUUAUUUACGAGGCUGAAGUCGCUUCUCAUUCGCCAGCUUCUUCCUUAAAUUUUCCUGUUCCACCUUAAAUUGAGGCAGAAUGUAACUGCUGCACUAUUUAAGGUGGAACGGGAGGCUUCAAACAAGAAACUGACUUUAGCUUCUCGUUGCAGAUUACACAUAUCGGGAAACCAGCUAGACUGAUUAUAAAUGCAAAAAGUCCAUUUGUCUUUAAAUCAUUGAUGUCCAUUUUAAAUCUCUCCCUUUGCCUUUUUGCCAGCUACUAACUAAGUGAGGAUGUUUUCCGUGCAUUAAAACCAUUUGCUGUUAAAACUG